AUGCGCAGAUUGUCUAUUUACUGGGCAAAUGACCCAAGAGUACAAGAAGCUCUUAAUGUUAGAAAGGGAACCAUACCAAGAUGGACAAGGUGUAGAAAAAGUAUUGAGAAUAAAACCUACACAGUUACUUUCCGUGAUAGCAUACCUUAUCAUGUGGAACUCAGCAAAAAAGGUUGUCCAUCAAUUAUAUACAGUGGGGAUCAUGAUAUGACUGUUCCAUUUCAAUCAACACAAUUUUGGAUAAAAUCUCUAAAUUAUUCCAUCAUAGAUGAUUGGAGGCCAUGGAUUGUUGGUGGUCAAGUUGCUGGAUAUACAAGAUCCUACUCCAACCAGAUGACAUAUGCAACUGUCAAGGGAGCAGGACAUAUAGCUACUGACUACAAGCCUAAAGAAUGUUUCACAAUGUUUGAGAGAUGGUUAUCAUAUGUACCUCUUUGA